GUACCAUUCUACUAGGUGGAAACUGGAAAAUGACAAGAACCACACAGCCUGGGAUGGAGAGAAACCUGUCAAAUCUCCCUUGAAAUUCUGCUACACUCGGCACGGUCAGUUUAGGAGACCGGGAGCGGAGGUUUGCGCUGUGGGACGCCUGCGCGGACAUACCGCAUCAGGCAGCGCAUCGGCAGAUCGAUUAGACGCGCAGCAGUUUAUAUUUUCUUUAAAAAAUAUAUAAAUGGUUUCUUUCUGAGCUGCCGAUGUAAGCGCUUUCCACAAGGAGCAGUCCCCGUCCGCCUGCACAUGGCACCGCGCCCCGCGUCAUCUGACAUCCAACCUGGAGCCGGGCUUGGUUCCUUCUGCUGUUCCUGCAAAUCAAGAGGCAACUGGAGUUUGUCUGGCAGAAGUUGGGGGAAGAGGCGCUACCCCUGCGUAGGUCAUCUCCCACAUUUGCGUUUGAAUGCACCUGACCGCCACAUGGACGAGGACUGAUGGCAAAAAACAGGGUGUCGCAUGAGUACACAGACGCGGAGGAUAAGAGCAUCCGGCUCGGCGUGGUCCUCAUCGCGUCCGGCGUCCUUUCUUUCUUCAUCGUGCUCUUCUGCUGGCUGAACCCCAUCCUCCAAAGCAUGCAGAGCACGCCGGUAAACUGCACGGUGGUGUCAGUCAAGCGGCCGGGCGAGAUGUUUGAGUGCGUCUUCACAUGCGGGCCGGAUUGCCGGGGCACGGCGCUGUACCCCUGCCUGCAAAUCUUCGUCAAUAACUCGCAGUCCGACUCGGUGGCGUUGCUGCAUUACGAUGAGCAGCAGCUGCUGGCCAACCCCAAGUGCUCCUACAUUCCUCCCUGUGAGAGAGACGACCAGAAGAACAGCGAGAAGGUCCUUCUCUGGCAGGAUUACUGGACUAAGGAAGUCCGAUCCCGUGUCUUCACCUGCUUCUUCAAUCAGCAGCGGAGGCCGAAUGACGUGGUUUGGAAACAGGCCCAGAACGCGAGUGUGGUGAUGCACUGCGUCCUCUGGCCGCUGCUCUGCCUGCUGAUGGGGGCGCUCGUCGUCCUCCUCACUAUCUGCACCCACAUCCUGGCUGAACGCGCAGAGGCCAUCCAGAAGCUCUCCUAGGAUCCCACAGGAAGAUCAGCACAUGCUACGAGCUCCUGAUCCAGAGACCGUUAUGUAGAUCUCCAUCUGCUGAUGGGUGGCGGCUCUCAGAUGUCCCCUAACAGCAAUGGUGGCCGCCUUCGAGACAUGAAUGUGUUUCUUCAUCUGCUACGUACAUUUUUUAUUUUUUUUUCCUAAUCUGCUGUAUUUUGGCUCCGCAUGAGAAUGGAGUCAUCUUGUGGAUUGUUGUAUUAUGUGGUAAUAUGUAAAAACUUCUGCUGAGGGCGAACACCAUUUUGUGGGAUAUCCGUCAGGGCGGCAUUCCCGAUAUGACUGGACCGAUUCAACAUCCCAGACUGACGUCAGGUCAGAGCUGCACACCAUACAGAGAUACGGACGGCACUGUGGCCUGCAUACCCACUGCCAGGUUAUUUUAUUUUAACCACAUGACCCUAAAUGAAUCGGAUGCCUGUGCUUCUCCCAUGUGUGGUCCCAGCUACAGCGGGUUGUAUUUUACCAUGGGCUUCCCUGGCCCGUCACGCUUGUACUCUAGAACACAUGCACAGUGAAAUCUAAGUACGUUUUAGAACACAUGUACAGUGUAAUCUAUGUACGUUUUAGAACACAUGUACAGUCUAUAGUAUUCAUGCUCUAGGAUAUACACAAGUCCUUCACCAAGAUCUGUACAUUCUAGAAGACUUGGUUGUAUGUUCUAGCACUUGGCUGAUCUGUUACUUUUCACUCUCUACACGUUUCUUUGUUUUUUAUACUUGACAGCAUAUUUUGAGCCGCCUCUUUUUCACCAUUCUUUGCUAAACUUUUAGUUGUUUGUUUUUCCUUGUUAAAUUUGAUAUAUACGAUUAAAUAUGAGAUUAACAGGUAGCUGGCUCACUAACAAAGGCACAAAUCAUAGAAAGGCUUCUUGGUUCUGUACGCCAGCUCAUUCACUGGCAGGCUGAGUCCAGCUCCCCAGCUGCACCUUGCCCUUAUGACGGGGGUGUUAUGGUGUGGGGGGGGGGGUAUGGGUGUGCUGACUUUCCCAGUGGCCUGCUUCUGAAGUCUGCUGUUGUACAGGAAUGUAGCAGGUGACCCAUGUGAAGCUGAGGCAUCUCUCACACCUAACUGGGCUGAUUUGCUGGUCCCACACUAUAGACGUCACGCAGCACAGACAAUCGGGGCUUGGUGGUCUCGCUUCACCAUGCUCCUACCUCUCGGUGCAGACUGUAAAGCUGAUGCCAUCAACCAGAAUGUCACUGAGUCUGCACUGAUCUGUCAGGUGAACCAGAUUCAACAAGCCAGUGUGUAACUUUUAAUCAAUAGUGCCUAUUAAACAUGUUUAUUAAAGUUAAUAUUAAUAUUAA